UUACCGAUGGACUCUUUUCCGUGACAGGAUAUUGCAGCAUGAAGAAGGAGCAAGUUGUCAACUGUCAGUUUUCGGUUUGGUAUCCGAUAUUUAAGCAACACACGAUUAAAAGUCUGAUUCUUCCACUGCCUCAGAAUGUAAUCGAGUAUUUACUAGAUGAUGGCACACUGGUAGUCUCUGGGAGUGACCAUAACACACAGCAGACACACACUAACAACAGCGACUCUGACGCAGAGGAAGACGUUCAGUGGUCAGAUGAUGAGACAACAUCCACUGUCACAGCUCCUGAGUUUCCAGAAUUCACUUCUAAGGUGCUGGAGGCCAUAAACGCCCUGGGUGGACGCGUCUUUCCCAAACUCAACUGGAGUGCUCCACGGGACGCUAACUGGAUCGCUCUGAACAGUUCCCUGCAGUGUGACAGCCUCAGCGAUAUAUUUCUGCUUUUCAAAAGUUCCGACUUCAUCACCCACGACCUCACCCAGCCAUUCCUUGUAUGUAGUGACCAGGACUCCCCUGAUCCAGUCGUAAACUAUGAGCUGGUCCUGAGAAAGUGGAGCGAGUUGAUUCCCGGCGGAGAGUUUCGCUGCUUCGUCAAAGAAAACAAACUGAUCGCCAUCUCCCAGAGAGACUACACCCAGCACUACCAGCACCUCCUGAAGCAGGAGGAGCACAUCCUUCACGCCGUGCAGGAGUUCUUCAGCCAGCACAUCCAGUACAAGUUCCUGGAUGAAGACUUUGUGUUUGAUGUCUACAGAGACAGCCAGGGGAGGGUGUGGCUGAUAGACGUGAACCCGUUCGGGGAGGUGACGGAAUCGCUGCUGUUCAGCUGGGAGGAGCUGACGUCUGGUGGGGAAGUCGCCCAGCAGCAGCAGGACGGCCCGGCGUUUCGCUGCACCACCAGCGAAGUGACGGUGCAGCCCAGUCCCUGUCUGAGCUACAGAAUCCCGCGAGACUUUGUCGACCUCUCCAGCGGAGAGGACGCCUACAAACUCAUCGACUUCCUCAAACUGAAGAAAAGCCAACAGGAAGAUUCUGAGGAGGAGGAGAACGCUCCACAGUGACACCGUGUACCUGGAACCCGAAGAGCCACGAUGUUCCCUGCAUGCAGUGACUCUUUCACCCUCUCACAGACGUGUUCCUCCAGCAGCUCCCCCCUUAGUCCAAUGGAAUUGUCGAAUUAACAGCUGGAGCUCUUUGAGGGUUCAUUUUCUGUCGGGUUGCUCUCUGCCUCCGACGGCGUCUACUGCUCGGUGAGACGGGGAAGAGAGGCCUCUGCAGUGUCUGUUAGUGGUUUAUUUUUAUAGAGGGAAAACAAUGUAUUCACACACACACACACACACUGUAUAGAAUGCCUGCUUUUAUACUUUCAAAUAAGUGUGUACAUUAGUUAAUGUAUCUUUACUGCAGCCCAGAUAGCAUCCCCGGAUUAAAUAAUAAAUAAGGUGUGUGUGUGUGUGUGUGUGCGUGCACAUUUCACCGUACGUGUACGUUUGUCAGGCUGCAACAGUCACCUUUUUAAUUUUAAUUCUAUUCUUACUCACACACCCCCCUCCCCCAGGCCAAUUUCCCUCCGAGCAGUUUCGACACGCUCAUUGCUCCGAGCGGCUUCGGGCGCACUUUUCGAGCCCUGUUUUCCCCUCCCAUCAUGCAUCACUGUAGACUGUUGCUCCUGUAAAAAAAACAAAAACAGAAAAAAACACCAUUAAACUUCUUGUUGAGUAUUG